UCCCUUGCUCUCCUUCUUGCUCCACUUUUGCUUUCCCUCCCGUUCGGACACACACUAUACUCUCUCCUCCUCUCUCUUGUCUUCUCCGGCGAGUUGGUGGUAGAUUCUUUCUCCUGCUGCGGCUGCUGGUAGAGCUGCUGGUCGGAAUCGAUGGGUACUCCGUACCACCUCCAGUCUCCAAGAACCAUCGUCACCAAGAUCAUCAGCAUGAAGCAGCAGGCGCCGGCGCUACCGGAGUCGGAGGAGUCCAAGCUCAUCCUCCAACCGCGGCACACGACCACGCCGGCGAUGUGGUUCGCCGCCAUCGUCUGCUUCGUCUUCAGCGUCCUCCUCAUCCUCACUGGCCUCAUCAUCCUCAUCGUCUUCCUGACGGUGAAGCCCAGGACGCCAUCCUUCGACGUUGCCAACGCCGCGCUCAACAGCAUCUACGUCGGCUCCCCCUCGGCCUACUUCAACGGCGACAUGGUCCUCGUCGCCAACGUCACCAACCCCAACCAGAAGAUGGGCGUGUCGUUCCACUCCGGCACCAUGGAGCUCUUCUUCCGUGGCAGGCUCGUGGCGGCGCAGGCGCUGCCGUCCUUCGCGCAGCGGAGGGGGCAGUUCACCGUCGUCAACGUCCACAUGGUGUCCAGCCAGGUGGAGCUGCCGCCGGAGGUGGCGAUGGAGCUGGUGAACCAGAUGAAGAGGAACAAGAUCCUCUACACCAUCAGGGGAUCCUUCAAGGUCCGGGAGAAGUUCUGGUCCUGGCACUACAGCUACCGGAUGACUGCGAUCUGUGACCUGGAGCUCACUGCACCUCCAUCUGGAGUUCUUCUUGACAGGAGAUGCACAAUAUCAAAGUGAUUUGGCUACUGAUUUUUUUUUGUUUUUUUUCCUUGUAUCAUACUAUUUUAGAGGUUUGUAUACCAUGGAAAUUGGGUUAAGGCGAAGCAAAACUAAACUACAAAUUACUGAUGUGGUUGUUGCUUUCCUGUUUGCUCGGUUGCUGCUGGAGCUAGAAAUUUCAUGCAACACAGCAGUAAAGGUUGUAUGUAGUAGCUGCCUGAAUAUAGUUGGACAAAGUUUGUGCAUCA